AUGGUCGCUACGGAAUUCAUUGAUUUUCUGAACAAGCUCCAUGUCCCCGACUAUAUUGGCGUGGAGGACUUUGCAGACAAACUCAGUUUCCUCUACUCAGUUCUGGUUCUGAUGCUUUGCACAACCAUAGUCACGGUGAAGCAAUACUUGAUGUCAGCCAUCGCUUGUUACAUUCCCACCGUACCCUCUGGAUCGGAUUUCGAUAAAUUUUUGGAAAACUUCUGUUGGGUUCAUGGGACAAUUCCUUUGCUUUCCAAUGAACUAAUUCCUCAAACCAUGGAUGAGUGGGCCUAUUUUGAUGAUAAAUAUCGAAUAAAUUACUAUCAGUGGGUCCCAUUUAUGCUUGGACUACAGUGUAUGCUAUUCUAUAUUCCGCGGAUUGUGUGGCAACUGAUAUGCUGUAACCGAACUGGAACCGAUAUCGAGCACUUGGUUGUUGUAGCUCAUCAAGCCAGCAACGCAGCCCCAGCAGAUAGAUCCAAACUUGUCAGUCACGUGACAGCUUCUCUGAAAGGUAUGUUAUAUCAACAUCGUGAAUAUCGCCAUGGUCGAGUGCUGGAAGCAAAAAAACGAUUGUUUGAUGCCUGUGGUUUAUUGGUGGUGAGCAAACGCUUGGGCACAUGGCUUGCCUUCACCUACUUUGUCAUCAAGCUCCUCUAUCUGACCAAUUCCGUAGGACAGUUGUAUCUGAUGCAAAGGUUUCUUGGUUUCAACGCCACACUGACAAACUUCGGUGCCAAACUAGCUGACUAUAUGCUUUCUGGCAGAAAUUGGGAGCAAACUCGCAUAUUUCCACGGAUAUCGUUUUGCUAUUUUGCUGACUUGCGUCAACUGGGAUCCACAAAUCGAUAUGUGGCUCAGUGUGUGUUGCCUGUGAAUAUGUUAAAUGAAAAACUAUAUAUUUUUCUUUGGUACUGGACGGCCAUGGUGGCCAUUCUAACUGCCUUCAGCAUUCCUUUGUGGUUGAUGCGCCUAACAUUUGCAAAAAGUCGUGUGCGUUUUAUCAAAAAGUUUUUACGGAUAAACGAACAAUUCCAUCGAUCCGACAAACAGUUGGUCAAGGACUUUACUGAAAAUUUUCUCCAUCACGACGGGAUAUUUAUUUUACGGAUGAUUUCUAUGAAUGCUGGAGAUGUAAUUACUUCGGAAGUCGUAUCGGAAUUGUGGAAAGGCUUCUAUGCGGAACACAACAGUACGGAACCCGUUGGUCCGGAGCCGUCUGCUCCACUUCCACUGGCAGACCACAAUGAAGAUAAGGCACUGGAAAAGAACCAUAUGGCAAGAAGUAGAAAGUCUUUUGUGUGA